CUGAAAACAAUAUUUGUCUGCUCCAGGAAGACACCUACACGGCUACACGACUACACCUACUGAAGAAGAACAGGAGCGAGAAAAAUCACCAAUGGCUCAUGCAAGAAGCACAGGAUCUCUGCCGGUGGCAAAUGUUCAGGCACUCGCAGAGACCUGCAACGAUCCAGAUCAGCAGAUACCUGAGAGGUACAUCAGAGCAGACGCCAACGCCGACGAGGUCAUCAGCGGCGACGACUGCACGGCCGCAAUUCCUACCGUCGAUCUCAGCAAGUUGCUCGAUCCAUUGUCGUCAGACGAGGAGACUGAAAAGCUGGGGUCUGCCUGUCAGCAAUGGGGAUUCUUUCAGCUGAUCAACCAUGGCGUGUCAGAGGAUGUGAUCCGCGACGCGAGGAAAGACAUAGCCGAGUUCUUCAGGCUGCCAAUGGAGACCAAGAAGGCGUACUCGCAGCUGCCCAGUGGCAUCGAGGGAUAUGGCCAGGCGUUCGUGGUGUCGCACGAGCAGAAGCUGGACUGGGCUGACAUGUUCUACCUCGUUCUCCGCCCCGGCGAGUCCAGGAACAUGGCCCUCUGGCCUGCUCAUCCUCCAUCCUUCAGGAAUUCGAUAGAUCGGUACUCGUCGGAGACGGCGAGGGUGGCGAGAUGCCUGUUGGAGUUCAUGGCGAAGGACAUGGGCGUGAGGCCGGGGUCGCUGCUGGAGAGGUUCCAGGACCAGCCGCAGGGCAUCAGGAUGAACGACUACCCGCCGUGCCGGGAGGCCGGCAAGGUGGUCGGCCUGUCGCCGCACACCGACGCCGCCUGCCUGACGCUGCUCCUGCAGGUGAACGACGUGCCGGGCCUGCAGAUCAGGAGCCCCGGCGGCAGGUGGCUCGCCGUCGGCGCCCCUCCGGACGACGGCGCGUUCAUCGUCAACGUCGGCGACAUACUCGAGAUCAUGAGCAACGGCAAGUACCGGAGCGUGGAGCACAGGGCGGUGGUGCGGCCGGACAGGGAGCGCGUGUCGGCGGCGGUGUUCCACCAGCCGUGCCAGGACGCGGUGGUCGGGCCUCUGCCGGAGCUGGUCGGGGAAGGCGGCGGCGAUAACGCGCGGUACACGUCGAUGGGCUACCUGGAUUUCAUGAAGCGUUACUACUCGGCAAAGCUCGACGGAAGGAAUCACCUCGACGGCUUGAGGAUUAAACUGUCAUCUUCGAAGGGUUAGAAUUCAUUCAUGUUACAACUGUUGUAAACUUGUAAUUGGAACCGGAUUUGAUCAAACAAUUUGAAAUACUUUCAGCACUAGCAAAUGUAUCCGUGCGUUACAAUAGGUUGUACGAACAUACCUUGUCUUUUUUAGACUGGUCACCGGGGGGUGAGCUUACCUUAGCUUGUACAUCUUCAAAGAAUCAUUGUAAACACAAGGAAUAAAAAGCCUACGCUGUUCAACA